CUUGUUGGAGAUUUUAUAAACUUCACAACAGAAGAUUCUGUAUUUCUUAUGAGCAAUUGCCAUUAGCGGAUUAUGCCUGCAUACACUACAGGCUAGACGUUUUUUUAAUGUUAAGUAAGAGUCGUUUAAACAUACUAUUUACUAUUAUUUAGUAAUUUACGCAAAAAAUUAGUUCAAUUUACCUGAACCAGUUGUGCCCAGUGGGGUGCUUUUUCUCUGUGGGGUGCUUUUUCUCUUAACCUAUUUUAAGGGUAAAUGAGCCUUAACUUGACUUUUUAUUACGUGCUAAAUUUACAAUUUAAAAAAUUUUGUUGUGUUUGUAUAGUAGUUAUUGUUUGUUAAUUUUUUUUUAUUUUUUUUUGGGGGGGGGGGGGUUGUUGUUGGGAUAAACAUUGAUCAUUUAUUUUUUGAUGGAUGAACUAACUAGCAUUAACGAACUCAACAUAGCAGGUCCCAAUGCCCAAUGUCCAAUUGAUUUAAUUGAAUUCAGAUUGAUUGAUAAUUGUGAUUGAUACUCAGAGGCUCAUUACAUUAAUUAAUAACCAAUUUAUGGCAAUGGCUUGGGGGGCUUGGCUUUUAUUAGGUGAAUUCUAAAGAAACUUAUGAUUAUUUUCUUGAAUUAUUUUGGCAUAAUUAUAACUCUGCUCAUUAUAUAAGAAAAUAUAAAAGUGGCAAAAAUAAAAACUGGGCAAGGAGGAAAUGCAGUCAGCUACCCAAAUGGUCACUGUUUUGAAACAUAAAUAAAAUGAUUGGUUGGGUAGGAUGGGGAAAAAUUUAUUUGCCCAUACUUUUAGAUAAUUGGAUGCUUUUAAAAAAAUGUGACUAGUUUGGAGAAUGUACAAGUACAAGACCCCAAAAUAGUAAACUCAAUUAUUAUGCUAGCUUAAUUCAACUUGAUAUAAUCUUCCAAAAAUAAUUCUUGAUAAAAUUUAGAAAACACAAUAUUGUACAGUACAGCAUCUAAUUAUCUUUAAAAAUGUUACUAAAAUGAAAUUAUCGGCACAAUUAGAUAUUGUCACUCACGUCAUCUUUAUCUACUGGUUGGUCAGAAAGGAAUUUAUCCAUUCAUCAUUGUCAGUAUUAAAUUGUGAUGUCUGUCAAUCUUCUCCAUCUCAGCAUCUUUGCAAUGUUCUUUCUCAGGGUCAUGUGGAUGGCAUCUUUUUGAUUUUUUUUUAAAGGGAAAAUUUAUAUGAAAUAACAAAGCCUAAGUUUUAUAGAUUUUUAAAUUUAAUAGAUAGCACCUAAAAACUAAAUAAAUUAUACAAGAUUUAAAACAUAAAUUAAACUAGCUCACAAGGCUUACCAUCAGUUCUUGUAGAAACAUAUCCUCCAUGCUCCAGUUUAAAUUUGUCCAAAGAUCUUGGAAAAAUUAUCUUAAAUAUAAAAUUCUAAUGCAUUAAUUCAUUAAGGACGGUUACAGUAUGUCUACUGACUAGUCCUAUUUAUUUAGUAAUAAAAGUAUUAUAUUACCUAACAAUAGUAAGUACCACUGGUAAUUGGACAUCAUGAUUUAGGCCUAAUCAUAGUUCAAUUAGGAUAUUUUUGUUACUUGUAUGAUCAAAAGCAUAGAUCUAUAUUAUGAACCAUAUUAGGUGUUAUCUCUAAAUAUUUUUAAACUAAUUUCAUCUAACUUUAAGAUAGCACACUAUUUGAACAGAUUGAUCAAAUUAAAACUGUUAUUCUUUUCAGGGUUGUAACUAAUAAGUGUGGUGUGUAUGUUAUAUUAUGCCUGCCUACAUUCAUUGCUAUUAUUAUUAAGACUAAAUUAUUCAUUAGAAGAAAGAAAGAUUCAAUCAAUGGCAGGAACUGACUCCUAUACAGAAGAUGAAAAGCGUAGCAAGUUUGGAACUCGCUUCCUGACAGAUCCACAGAAUGUUUUCAAGCACAAUGCGUGGUGAGUAUAAAUUUAAGUAAAUAAACAUAAUUUUUUUAGGCCUUAAUUAUCCAGAAAUUUGUUUGUCUUUUUACAUAUUAGCAUUUUAUACACACCGCAAACACAACUAUAGACUCCUGUCAUAAAAUAUAUAUAAAUAUAUGUCAUAGAGUGCUUUUAAAUAUCCCUUAUAGGGACAAUGUUGUCUGGGAUGAAGAGCAAGAAGCUGAAGCUAAAAAGAUUGCAGUAAAUCAUGCAAACCAUGCCGUUUCCCAAGAAAAAAAAGGUAUAGCAUAACAAUUUUGAUGCUUACCGCAUAUAACUUAUGACCCUGACUUAAUUUCUUUUCAAAUCAUUUAAUUAAAAUUUGAAUAAGCUCUAAUAUUCAAAUUUACUAUAUAAAAUUGAAAAAUGAUAACAAGAUAAUUAAAUUAUUUAUGAUGAAAAUAAUUGCAUUUUUGCAUGUUAAAUCAAAAUAGCGCUAGGUUUAAACUGCUAUAGAAUUUGUAGAAGACUUGAUGACCAAUCUGGAGGAUAGCAAUCAAACUGACGUGCUGCUGAUAGACUUCUCAAAGGCAUUUGGCAGUGUAAAUCAUACUUUGCUUUUACACAAACUUCAGAGAUAUGGGAUCAAAGGCACUACUAAAACAUGGAUCUCUAGCUUUCUCAGCAACCGAUGCCAAGCAGUAGUGGUGGACGGUACAAGUUCCUCUUUUGCCGGUGUUAAGUCAGGGCUCUGUGCUAGGCCCCUGUUUGUUCCUAGCAUACAUCAAUGACCUACCCGAGAAACUGACCUCCCAAGUAAGACUAUUUGCAGAUGACAUGGCAGUGUUUGGGACGAUCGCCAACAGUUCUGAUCAGGACCAGCUACAACAGGAUCUCUAUUGGUUAGCUUAGUGGGAGAUGAGCUGGGACAAGGAAUUUCAUCCUGCCAAGUGCCAAACACUGUCAAUUUCUAGAAGCUGUACCCCUCUACACCACCAUUAUGAACUGCAUGGCCAUAUGCUUGAGCCAGAAUGCUUUGUUCUGAGCCACUACAGGAAACCUCUAGUACAUGCUGGAAACACUGGGCUGGUCACCAUUGGAGGAACGACUAUCCAGACUCUCCAUGAUGUACAAGAUAAAAAAAUGGGCGGAACCACUGCUCCAGCAUUACACAGAAACUUGUCCGUCCCCCCCCCCCUCCAGACAGUGACCAGGCAGUUCUGGCUCAUAACAGCAAGAACACAGUACAUGAACUGCUCUUUCCUACCAAAGACAAUAAGGGAACGGAACAAGCUUCCAAAAGGAACAGUUGAAGCGACAACACCAGAGACAUUUGCAUCUAUUGCCUCAGACCUUCCAACCCCUAGUUCCUGAUACCCUGGCUGUGUAGCCCAGUGAAAUAUCCUCUUAAAUUCAAGGCACAGAAACAAUGUGAAUCCCCUCUACAUACAUAGGAGCCAGAAUGAUCAAUACAUUGAUCAUGGGCUCUUAAUAUAUAGAAGAAGAAGAAUUAGAAAGCAUUUGAUUAUGACUAGAAUUAGGAAGGAAUACAAGUGUAUGAAUUCCAUGAUAUCAUGUGAAAGUUCUGUUCAUGUUAUUAUCCUUUAAAGCAGAAAUCUUUUUUUACCUUUCUCUCCACAGAUCAACUGGAACGAGAAGCUGCAAAACAUUGGGAUCAGUUUUAUUCCAUUCACUCAAACCACUUUUUUAAGGAUCGACAUUGGUUAUUUACAGAAUUCCCUGAACUCUAUGGUGGAGAAAAGCAUUUCAUAAAUUCUAACAGAUCUCUCAAGAGUGAAAAUGCUUUACUAGAAAAUACAGAAUCAAAAACAGGUCAAGAAUAUGUUCAUACUGGAGAUAAAAAAGUAUCUAACCUGACCAGUGCCUAUUCUUCUGAUAGUUCUCAACUACCAAACAACUUUGAAAAAAUGCAGGUUUCAAGUGAUCAAUGGCCAAAAUUUGCAUUAUUAGAGGUAAGAUAUUUUUUUUAUAAAACUUUGUUGGGAGUUAAUGUAAUAACAUGAUAAUGCAGCAAUCAGAAUACUUGUCUCUUAAUCGUUUUUGGUAAAACUAGAAAAACAUUUUUUUUUAAAAAUUAUUUUUUUAAUCAAUAGGAAAAAGUUUAUCAGGUCUGGCGUAGUUUAUAAUUUUUUAAAAUUUUAGCAGACAUCUUGUGACUUGCACCAUGUGGCACAAAUGCCCCACUUGCCUAACAAUAGGCACCUCCUGUUUAGUGUUGUCUUAUUUGUAAACCAAGCUUUUCAGAAACAAAUUUCUUUUGUUGUAGGUUGGAUGUGGUGUUGGUAAUACAGUGUUUCCAGUAUUGAAAACCAAUAAGUAAGGGUUUUUAUUCUUAUGGUUUUUGCUCUUCAAUGAAAUCUAAAGGUUUUGUGAUUUGUUUCUUGUAAAUGUUACAUUAUUUUUUUUUUACGCAGACUGAGUAAAAAAAUUUAGAUUUGUAUAUUUUAUAAUCAUUUCUUUAAAGAUCUGUGGUAUUGGUAAUGAUUCUAGGCAUGAUAACAAUUUUUGUACUGUUUUUUUUUAAAUUUAUCAUCCAAAUAAAUAUUUUUCUUUCUUUUCUUCCCAAGAAAUCCUUAUCUGAAAAUAUACUGCUGUGAUUUUUCAUCUACUGCUAUUGACAUUGUUAAGGUAAAAAAAUUAUAUGUUUAUUUGAUAAUUAAGUUUUUUGUGAUGUCACGGUAUUCGAAAAAUUAAGAAACAGCAAGUCUUCUUUAUACUCUAUGCUAAAAAAUAUGUUUAUUCAAGUGUUACUUAGUUACAAUCUCUUCUUAAGAAAGCAUUUCAUCCUUAUGCAUUUUUAACAGACAAAUCCAGAUUAUGACAAAGACAGGUGUCACGCCUUUGUUCAUGAUAUAACAGAUGAGCAAGCAGACAUCCCUGUUGAAGUGGGGAGCUUAAAUGUGAUUAUCAUGAUUUUUGUUCUAUCAGCUGUUGCUCCUGAAAAGUAUGUUCAUCUGGAAUGGUUCCAUAAAUUUCAAUAACAAAUUUAAGAAUGUUAUGCUCUUAUUCUUAAUAAUGACCAUUACAAAAAUUUGUUAACAUUAUUAAACACACACAAAGACUAUAUUUUCUAUAGUUAAAUUAAUAAUGCAAAAAGCAUUACUUUGAAAUUAAUAUUAAUUAAUACAAAGUAAUAACAAAUAUGCAAUACUGGUCAUAUGCUACCCUUUGCCUAUUGAAAUUUAAGGAUGCAGGCAGCAGUGAAUCGUCUUUCUUCAUUUCUUAAACCUGGUGGAACAUUUUUGUUUAGAGACUAUGGUCGAUACGAUAUGGCACAACUUCGAUUCAAAGAAGGUAUGAUUUAUCAUAAUUAAAAAAAUAUUUAAAAAACUCACAUUUGAAUAUAAAAAAAAAUUGUUUUAAGGAAUUAGAUUAGUCCAGUAUGGUACUUAGCUUUUUAAUUUUAAAAUUUUCACAUUAUUUUUGUAAAAACAAAAUUAAAGCAUUCAAAUUCAACAUGAAAAUAUAAAAAUGUAUUACUUUACAUGCUGCAUUUUAGUAGUGAAAAUUCUUUUAAUUUAAAAUAAUAACUCUUAAACAUCAACCAUGUUCGUAAAUAUAAAUUUUCAAUCUUUUCAGGACGCUGCCUAUCAGAAAAUUUUUAUGUUAGGGGAGAUGGGACCAGAGUCUACUUUUUCACUCAAGGUGAGUUAUCAGUGGUUGUCUAUCUCAGAUGCAUAGCAAAUUGA